AUCAAUCCUCUCAGUCGCACCAAACUACGUCUGGGUCUUAAUACUUCGGUUAAUCACUGGAAUGUUUGUUGUUGGUGUUCAGUCUUCCUUUAUGCUGUAUCUAGGAGAGAUUGCACCUUCUAGCUUUAGAGCACUCUUCGUUCUUGGACAAGUGCUUUUCUUUGGUAUCGGCAGUGUCUAUAUUGCCACGUUAGGUUAUCUUGUUCUCCCAGCUCUGGGUUGGAGAGUCCAAUGUCUCUUUGCUGCUCUGCCAAUCCUUCCAGUCAUGAUCGCAUCCUGGUAUUUUCCGGAAUCUCCGCGAUAUUUUGCCUUGACUGGCAGCAUAAAAUCAGCCGUUGAAACCAUGAAGAAAAUUGCAGCUGGAAACAAGAAAGAAUUACCUGAAGGGAAGUUGAUACAAGCCACUAUCAGUGACAAGGAGGAGAGAAGUUCUGUUUUUCAGCUUUUGAGCCCAGAACUGAGCAGACAGACUGUGAUGUUAUGGUUGAUAUGGUUCUGUGUGUAUUUCUGCUACCUGGGCAUCGCUUUAUCCAGCGGCCGAUUGAUUCGUAUCACCUCCCCACUUCCACCCAGCGCAGAAAACGAGUCGUUAGCUCAUGAUCUCAACCUCAAUCGAAACUCAACACUCUUUAUUCCACCCGAGUCAGCAGAUGAUAGCACCGACAAUUCUGAGACUGAUAUCGCUGCACUUAAUGUUGAAGAUACUUUGCUGGAUCCCUCUCAUCCACAAAUGACUUCCGCGACUUGUGCUGAGGAGGACAUGGAACCAGUCGAAUGUGAAGUGGUUGUGUCAAACUCAGAAUAUAUUGAUUCUGUGGUUGCUUCCAUUGGGGACUUCAUGGGGGCGCCUUGUAUUGUGGUCCUUGUUUACACUUUUGGUCGGAAGGGAGGCAUGAGCAUUUCUCUCAUUCUUGCCGCUUCCUUCAUGCUCUGCAUUAUCGUCACUCUCGGCCAGAUUCCACCUUUAGCUUUCCUCUUCCUGGCUCGUGCUUUGACCAUGGGAACAUAUGGUGGAUUGUUUCUCUAUACAUUGGAGGCUUAUCCAACAUCUACCAGAUCCAUUGCCUUGGCAACAGGACAAUUCUUUGCCAAAGUGGCUGGUGCACUUACGCCUUUUGUGGCAGAGAGCCUCAUCAAGCGAUAUCCUGUUGAUGCCAUUCUUAUCUAUUUCUUUGUCUGCAUCACUGGGUCCAUUACAUUGUGCUUACUCCCUCUGGAAACACAAGGCAUGGGGUUAAAGGAUUCUUGACGAACAAGGAAACAAAUGCAGAGAAAUGUCUUCGUUUUGUGUCAUUUAUUAUAGAAGCCAUUUGAAUGAAGUUUUGCUUGGCUUGUUAUAUAAUAAACAAUAAGCACAAAAACAGCAACAUUUGAAGGAUCUAGAAAUUUCUGUGCACAAAUCAGUGCAACGUUGAAAUAUUGCAGGAUGUAAGAAGCGUAAGUAGUGAAGUAUUUACUGCAAGACAAAUGAAUCUGUAAGUGACAACAUUGAAAGCAAUUUGUAAUCCUUUGCUUGUACGAUUUAAGAAGUAUUUGUAGCUUGCAUAUUCAGAGUAUUUGGAAAAUUAAAUUAACAUAUUUUUGAAGAUAUUUUGUAAUUUGUAGGUGAUUUUGUUUUUAAGAGGUAUGUCUGGUUGUGAGCAUGCUGUAAUUAAUAAAUGCACAAUUGAUAUAUUUUAAAGGUUUUAAAAAGUAUCCAGUAAAGUUUUAAUAGUCAGACAGAUCUAUAUGCAGAUCCCGUUUGGAACUGAAAUGAAAAAGAAUUAAUGUUUUGUUGCACCAAAUAUUAUAUAUUUAGGGUCAUACCGAACAAAUUAUAAUAAAUAUGUUCAUUCUGAAAACAAAUUACUUGUAUUGG